AAAAAUUGAAAAUGAUAGCGAAUCAGUAAUUGAAUGGACAGACUCGGAGGAAUCGCCGGUUCGUGAUGAUGUAGAAAUUGAGAUUGAUCAUUUGCCAAACGGUCAAGCCGAUGUUACAUUUCGUGUUUCAACAGAAGAUGGAAACAAUCAAGAACAAGUUCGGUCCGAUUAUAUGAUUUCCAGGCUCAUGAAAGAAAAUGCUCGACUACGUAAUCAGUUUAUUGGGCUUAGAAAACCUGAUGUAGCAUCUACUUCGGUUUCUCAAAAAGAAUCUGCUUUUAAAAAUGCCACCACAGAUGAAUCCAUGGCCAACAUCCACAAAAUGAUGAACCUGUUCAAAGAACAGGAGAGUCGAAUCAACACUUUAGAGAAAAAAGUGAUUGUUGGAAAACCCAAAGCAAGCAAAUCUGAAAGAGUCGAGCGUACCAAUCAAGCCAGUAAAGGUUCUACAAAUACUGAGCGGUAUCAUCGUGAAAUGCUUGCCCGAUGGAUUCGAGAUCAGCACCGACUAUCCGAUGCAUGUGUAUCAACAGACUCGAUUGGAGUGCUAUCGACAUCCUCCUCGGACGAUUCCCCAAAUGGACAGAAUGGUAAAGGUGGCGAGAUAUUUGGUCGAAAAGGCAAUCGAAAUAGCUCACGAGACACUUGGGCUCAAAGAGUAACAUUUGGUACUCAAAAAGGAAGAUAUCAUCAAUGUGGUAAACGGCACAGCGCUAAAAUAAACUCUUCAUCGAUGGAGAGUUCUGCCAAUGAGAUUCCAAAGUGCUCAGAGAUGCAUCGACAGGGCGGAUCACAAAUGAUUAUGGUUGUGCCAGCCAUUGAUAUAACCGUUUCUUCAAAACAAAUGAGACCUGUUUCUACCGAGGAACCAUUUAGCGAAGCACCUUUGAUGGACUAUGCCGAUCCAAAAUCAGUAAAUGCGAGCCACAAAUCGCGCAACAAUCUAUUUCACUCUGGUAUAUGCCAUACUACCUUUGUACCAAAUCUUACCAAUAAAAAAGGACCCAAUACAAUGUUUGAGCGAGAAGACAGCGGGAUUGGCGGUACGCCGAUUCGACUAUCCUCAUUUGACGACGUUGAAGCCAGCUUGCCAUCAAAAACUAGAUUCGAUAUCCAGCCGGAAAAAUCUGGCAACCGUACCAAACCAUUUGGUCGAAAAAAUGUGCUUCAAGAGCCUGGCUAUACCCCAAAAGGCUUAGCAAACAUGAAACUGGACAACGAUCGUUUGGUUGAAGCACUGACUUGUCUAGACAUGAAUCGAUGAUACUAAUUUUAAACAGUAAUUUUAUCUUGCAGUAUCAAACUGCUUUUUAAACAAUUUGAUUAAACAUGCGUAUUUUGAAUGGAUUGGAUUCAUACAAGGGUAUUCACGUAAAGUGGAAUACUUUUGUAUAUAUCUUGCAGCGACUGCCUUUCACUUCAGAAUAAAUAAUGGUUAAAUAUUC